GAAAGAAUAAAGGGGAGGGCACCCGACGGUGCCCUAACCCCAUCACUCUCACGCCUCUCUCUCUCGUUUUUGACUCUUUUGAAGAAAGAAAAGAGGGCUAUUCCCUCGUGGCUCACACCAAGGAAGGAUAAGGGGAAGAGGAAGGUAAAGAAGAAAAGGAGAGAAGGAAGGCAAGAAGGAAAAAGGAAGAAGAGCACGGUUGUGGGUUUGGGCAGUCGUGUGGGUUCAAGUGUAGAGAGAGAAAGUGAAGAAAACAAUGGAAAAAAAGAAGAACAUACGUUUGUAGGUUGCUUGGUUGAAUAUCUAUGAUGAUAGUAUCUUGUUAUCGUGGUUUACCGUGAGCCUGAUCUCUCGCACAGUAGUCUACCUGCCGAAUAACAGCAGCAAGGCGGAGGGUAGAAAGUUGUAAUUAACAGCUUGGAAUUUGGAAAUGCUAUCCGCUUCUUAUAUACAAAAAGGGCUACAUUUACAAAGCCUAUGGGCCGUUGGAAGUCACCACCAAAUGUCUCAAGUCAUCCCUCUCCUGAUGCCUCUUGCACUUCCCCUUGUUAGACCACAACCUUCAUUGAUUGCUGCGAUGAAGGUGUAUGGUUCGAUGUGGCCGCUAACGAUGGGGUCGGUGUCUCGAAGUUGAUGUCCGCUAGUGAGGUUCAAGUCAUUGUCAAUUCCUCGUUGCCACUGGUGGUUGAUGGCACAAUGAUCAACUUCAAUGGUUACUUUCUGCCUCUCCUUGCAGUUCAGGAAGGAAUAGGAAAAGAAAGAGAAGGGAAGGGGAUGAGAAGGGAAAGGAGAAGAAAGAAAAAUGAAGGGGAUGAGAAGGGAAAGGAGAAGAAAGGGAAAUGAAGGAAAGUCCACCAUCGAUCUUUAUCUAUUUUUUGGUCAAAGUUAGGUAUUGAACUCAACUUUAUGCCCUGAAAAUUUCAGAACUUUUGGACUUGAUGAUUUGAUGUUAUGGAAUUUAGAAUUUUUAUUAAACUCUGUUUCCUGCUACCUAGGUGCGUGGAGUUGGAAUUUCUGAUGUUUACCUGAUUUUUCCUUAAUUCUAGCUUUCUGAAGCUUAUUUUGUCUAGUUCAAAUCCCUCUCCUGGUUUUGUAUAAAUCAUGUGUUAGUCUGGGAAUGAGCUUUAGGGUAGGUAACAUCGUGGGCGGGUGGCCUCUUCUUGAAGUGCAUGCGAGGAGCGGAGACCAUUGAAAGAAGAAGCAUUAAAGAGGAAAUGAGAAAUCAAGGGGUGACAGGGAAGAAGCUUCAACUGCUCAGAGACAUAACAGGUGUAUUCAGGCCUGGCGUUCUUAGUGCACUAAUGGGUGUUAGUGGAGCAGGGAAGACAACUCUUAUGGAUGUUCUUUCUGGAAGAAAAACUGGUGGCCACAUUGAAGGAGACAUAUGGAUUGGAGGGUAUCCUAAGGUUCAGGAAACAUUUGCUAGGAUAUCUGGGUACUGUGAACGAACCGAUAUUCAUUCUCCACAUGUUACUGUUGAAGAAUCAGUCAUUUACUCAGCAAGGUUGAGAUUAGCACCUGAAAUCGAUGACAAUACUAAAAGGGAGUUUCAUAAAUGAAGUACUGGAAACUAUUGAACUUGAUAGAAUUAAAGACGCAUUGGUUGGCAUUCCUGGUGUAAAUGGUCUCUCAACGGAGCAGCGAAAACGCCUAACUAUUGCAGUUGAACUUGUUGCAAAUCCAUCUAUAAUUUUUUUGGAUGAGCCCACAUCGGGCUUAGAUGCAAGGACAGCUGCUAUUGUUAUGCGUACGGUGAGGAAUGUGGUUAAUACUGGAAGAACAGUAGUGUGCACAAUCCAUCAACCAAGUAUUGACAUAUUUGAGUCCUUUGAUGAGCUAAUGCUGCUGAAACAUGGUGGUCAAAUAAUUUAUGCUGGGUCACUUGGUAGACAUUCAGGUGAUGUUUUUCAAUACUUUCAGGGGAUUGCUGGUGUUCGAAAGAUCAAAGACAACUACAACCCAGAAACAUGGAUGCUGGAAGUUACUACUAUUUCAAUUGAAAGGCAGCUUAACAUAGACUUUGCUGAAGUUCACAAGAGAGUCAUCUCUCUAUCGGUGAGUAAUAUAUGCAAACAUCUACAGAUGAUUUUCCUGAGGCUCAUAGGAUGGCAAAUAAUUUUUUGGAUUCUGGCUCUCCUUUGGAUAAGUUGCAUUAAUUGACUUUACUUCUUCUGUGCGGAGCUCCUUAUGGACAUCCUUUGUCAUGUGCCACUGAUUCUCCUCGCAAGUCUCGUUUGCCAAAAGUGAAUCCCAGCUCCGGUUCAAUUGUGAAAUUAAAAGACAGAUUCAAAUAUGAUAUAUACUUUUUUUAUUCAAUUUUGAUGCCAAAUUUGAAUUUAAACAAGUGAAUGUCCAAUAAAUUAGAUGCGGAUAAAGAUACAUCAUCUUUAAAUCUGUUCAACUGAUAUUCUCCCACUAAUUGUCAGUAAUUCAUUAAUUAAUGAAUGAAAAAUAGGGCACACACUGGAUUUCUUCUCUUUUGCAUUUGCGGCUUUGGAAUUUCAAGUUAUGUACGCACACUUUAAAUUUUAAAAGUUAUAAUGAAAAAGUUUAGGAAACACAAUUCUAAACUGUUACGGUUUUUUAAGAAGUUUUCUUUUUCCCGCUGAGUUCCAAGGAAGGAAAGCACUCUCUCGUUCUCUCUGGAUCGUAGCAAGGGUGGAUCCUUGAUGGCUCCGAUGAUAGAGGAGGAUGCAGACUGCGUGCGUGGGUUGCUGUAGUUCAUCCUUCGAUAUUGCGAGCAACAGCUCUUAUCCAUCAUUCUCCCGCCGGACCUGAUUUUCCACUUGCCCCUUAUCCAUCAUUCUCCCGCCGGACCUGAUUUUCCACUUGCCCCGGGUGGUAGAGCAAGACUGUAAGUUUCCUCCCUUCUCCAUUCACUCAUUCUGUUGAUUUUAAGGAGAUAUAAUGAUAAGGAUUAAUAAACCUCAAGCGUGCAUUUUUAUUGGUCAUCAAAUCUAGGAUACGUUUACUUAAAUCCUAUAAAUUGCUGCAUUAUUAUAUACUGCCAUGAUGAACACCCUUUCUUGUUUUUUUGUUGUUGAUCUCCUCUUAUGGCUGAUGAGGUCUCAAAAUGGUUUGUUAUUCACCAAUAGACACAUUCCUCCUACUAGUAGUGACAAUUAGAAGUCAACAUUGAGGAAAAGAGGCAAGCAAUCCACCUAAAGUUCCACCGAUCUUGGUGGAACUUUAUUGCUGGAAGCAAAGUUCCAUAUCGGUGGGAAAAUUUCCAGGUUUAAUUUUGCAUUAGGUUCCAUAUCGGUGGGAAAAUUUCCAGGUUUAAUUUUGCAUUAGACAGGGUGUUGCAGAACAGAGCAACAUCCGCCUGAUUCCGGCACCGGCGUUGUCAGUUCCAACGAUGGCAGAGGUCAAGCAAGGGCUCUUUGGAAUCGUCUGCAUCCGAGGAUUCUUCCUGUAAAUUUCAGAAUUUUUGGAACAUGCGUUGAGGAGGUAUGAAUCUUUGAACGUCCUACUGUUGCAAGCUUAAGAACCGACAAAUAGGGUGUUUCUAGGAGUCAGGCGUGACUUCCUAGGGGGCACGAUUUUCAAUGGAGAUGAAUUAGAGAGCUGAGCAUGGUGGCAUUGGAUUUGGACCAAUUUUUAGAUUUUUUGGAUGAUCGCGCUACAGAAUUUACAAGUGUCGUUUUCUGAAGCUCUCUGCAAUCUCCUGCGGGUUCCCUAUUUUCUUUUCCAAUUCUACUUAAGAAUUGGGAGCUGACGUCUCUAUGCUUGAUCGACUGAAAAUAAGCAUCAAUCAGUAGCCUUGCAUCCUGUCCUUGGUUCAUCAUGGUGUCGAUCAGAGAUCUAACAAGGACGUCCUUACAAGGUACUACUUCACCCUUAUUGCCUGCACCAAUUACUCUUACACAAUAUUUGAACAUCAAGUUGACUGCGGACAAUUUUUUAUUAUGGGAAUCUCAAUUUCUACCUCUGCUA